AAAAAAAUUAACUUUAAACAAUCGAGCAAAAUAAUCCUAAAAAUAAGGCGCGUCAAUUGGAAACUAUUUUGAUUCUUGUAGUUAAAGUGUGUGAAAAUAGUUUUUGGUAUAAUCAAUCUUGUUUUUUUUUGUAUUUAGUUGUUUUGACUUAAACCAGUGAGUUCUUUUUUUUUUGAUUACUUUUGAUUGAAAAAAUUUCCGUAAGAAGAUAAUGGAUAUCGAACGAAAUCGUAGUAAUCGUCAUAAUCAUCCGAAUGAAUCAAUUAUUUCUUCUUCAUACAAAUGUCUAUGUCAAUGUAUUCGCCUAACAAGAUAUUUACCAUUUGUAAUUAUUUUUUGUCAUUAUAUGUAUGCCCUAUUUGUUUAUAUGUACUUUGUUAUAUACCAAUAUUAUGAACAAAUUUGGAUUCAAUCAUUGUUGGUCAUUUUUUUCCUGCCGUUCUAUCUGCUUUCAUUAAUAUCAUAUGUAAAAUGUGUGUUUACUUCACAUCGACCAAUCGCUCCUGAAUUUACUAUACCUGAUUCAAUGCAAUUGGAUCAAAUGACCGAAGAUGAACGUAAUCAAAAUUUUGAAUCAUUAAUUCAAACAAGAAAUUUGCCAAUAUUUACUCGUGCAUAUAAUGGUCAUGUUCGAUUUUGUCCAAAAUGUUGGGUAUUGAAACCAGAUCGUGCACAUCAUUGUUCAGUUUGUGGUAAAUGUAUAUGCAAAAUGGAUCAUCACUGCCAUUGGGUUAGCAAUUGUGUUGCAUUCGAUAAUUACAAGUGUUUCAUAUUAUUUCUAUUCUAUACAUCAGUCACUUGUUUAUAUACUGUUUUAAGUUCUAUCAAAUUAUUUCUGAAAUUCUGGAAAGAUGAAUCAUAUCCAGGAAAAAUUCAUGUAUUUUUCGUUGUACUUUUCUGUUUAAUAUUUUUAUUGAGCAUCUCAAUUUUAUUAAGCUAUCAUUUAUAUUUGGUAUUCAAAAAUGUUACCACAUUGGAAUCGUAUCAAACACCAAGAUUUAAACAAUAUGAAUAUGAUUAUUAUCGUUAUAAUCUUGGAUAUAAACGAAAUUUAAAAUCAGUUUUUGGCGAUAACAAAUUAUUAUGGUUUUUGCCUAUUUAUAGUAGCCUAGGUGAUGGCCAUUAUUAUCAAUUACCAUUAAUACCCGGAUUAUAUGAUAAAUCAAAUUCAUUAACCGUUUGUGAUGUAACUAGUUCAAGUUAUCCUCAAGCCCUUUUACAAUCACAGCAACAUUCUCAUUCAUCUUCGUUCAAUAAUAUUUAAUCAAUUAUAAUUAAACAAUGGCAAUGAACAAUUUUUGAUUAAAAUAUUAUUUAUUACAAAAAUGUUAACACUAAGCAAAACAAAAUUAACAAACA